UGAUCACUGGGUCGUUCUAAUAGAGCACUCGAGGUACUUUUGUCGAACAGCAGUAAAAGACCACGCAUUUUCGACAUAUUUGGGUUGAUAUUUUUUCCUAUUCAGGAUGGCAGGAGGAAGGUACGAUCAUUACGACUACCUCUACAAGAUAGUGCUCAUUGGCGACUCUGGUGUAGGGAAGUCGUCUCUUUUAUCACGGUUUACGAGGAACGAGUUCGACUUGGAGUCCAAGUCCACCAUAGGAGUGGAAUUUGCAACUCGAAGCAUCACAGUUGACGGGAAAGUUAUAAAAGCUCAGGUUUGGGAUACUGCUGGUCAAGAAAGAUAUCGUGCUAUCACAAGUGCCUACUACAGGGGUGCUGUUGGCGCUGUACUAGUUUAUGAUUUAACGAAGCAAAAAACCUUUCAAGAUGUAGAAAGAUGGUUAAUGGAAGUGAGAGAACAUGCCGACCAAUCAAUAGUUGUCAUGCUGGUUGGCAAUAAAUGUGACUUGAAACAUUUGAGGGCAAUUGUAACAGAAGAUGCGAAAAAGUAUGCCGAAGAAAAUAGUCUAUCUUUUAUUGAAGCCUCUGCUCUGGAUGCAACUAAUGUCGAAGAAGCAUUCCAGCAAACAAUCUCAAAAGUCCAUCACGUUCAAUUAGCAAAGAUGAAAAAGGAGCUGGACCAAAGAGGACCAGAGGACAAAGGAACUGCCAAUCGCUCUGCACAAAAUAAUCAAAUUAAUUUGGAUCAAAAUUCUUCUUCUAAGAACUGCUGCAUAAUCUUGUAGGGUUAAUACAGAUACAUCUAUAUCGGGCAAACAUCAAAUCACAGAGUUUAUUUUUAAAAUUACCCUUUGCAUUAUUGAUAAUUAAUGAAAUGAAAAAUAUAGAUAUUACUUAAUUGCCUUGUAUUAUAUAAUCACAGUUCACCAACAAGCCAUUGUUUAAGAUCCUUAAAGUUGUAAGACCUAUAAUCCACAGAAUUUGAAACAUCCUAGCUUGCAUGCACUCUUCCGGCUGUGUGAUGUAAUGUUAGUCCUUUCCAAUCACAUACAUGAAAUCACACAAUUUGCUGUCUGUUAUGUUAUGCUUUAUUGGGUACUAGUGUUGGAUCCUAUACUGGUGAUUACACACGGCCAUAUACUACAAGAUCAGUUCUGAAAUCAAACUAAGUAAUUCUAUAUAGGGUGUGACGUAAUGUCACGCCAUGAACAGUAACAUAAUAUAACACUGUCAUUGUGGCAAAAUAGUAUUUUGGUAGAUGCAAUCAAAAUGUUUCCAAGAAUUUUAAAAAGGAACAUACCUAAGUAAUUUCAUGGAAACUCCUGAUGUGAUGUCCAUCAAAACCUACUUCAUAGUGACGUAAAAUUGUAAGAAUUUUCAUGUUGUAAGAACUUAAUAAUAUGUAUCUCCACUGCAUUGCUUCUGCCCCUAUUGGGAAUUAAAAGGGUGACAAUUAUGAAGAGUACUAGAACUAGGUGGCAAAGGGGUUCGCAUCACACUUCAGGCCGAGUUGUUAAACUAAAUCAUGUCACAGAGAAAAUUUUUGACCUCCCAUACAUUACAUAUAACCUCACAUUUUGCAAAUGCAAAUCACAUGGCUUUUUUGAGAACUGCUGGCUUUCACUUAGCUGAUAAAAGGUUUUGAAUCUCAUUAUCUGCUCCACAUGGUGGUCAAACACUGACCACCAUGUGCUUUUAGCCAGAAAGAAUUCUAUUGAAAACUUGCAAUGCAGCUGAUUAACAUUCUGCACCAUAUGAAAUUGUCACUAGUGCAACUCAGCAAUAUAAUCACUUGUCUGACAGCUAAUUUUGGUGCUAUUACACAUCAUGCAGAAACCCUUUGCCACUCUAUUAGAAAAAAACUUCAAUAGCUUUUCUUUAAUUCAUUAAACUUCAAAAGGCUGCUCAGCCAAGGAAUGCUGCUUUUACUCACCUGUAUUCGGCUAUAACAACAAGUGAAAUCUUGCAUGUCUUAGUAAAGGAUUGCGUAGAGGUUUACAAUGAUUAUCUAAUAUCAUGUGGAAGAUUACAUCUUGUGUGUGACAAACAUCUGCUUAAUUAAAUUCAUGAUUAAAUCAAUGAUCGCA